AUGACGACCGUCGACAGCACAAAAUUCCUAGCCAAUGGCGGAUACCUCCAAAAGGGUCGAGAGAAGAAUCUCCGCCCGGUCGACUUGGGCCGGAAGACGCUGAGUUUGGCACCUUCUAGGUAUGCAAUCAUUGGGGCAGUGUCACAGCACCUCAUGAACUUGUGGGGAUCCUUUCAUCUGGUGUGA